GAAACCACGUUUUCAAAGUGUGGUGAAAUAUUUAAAGAAAUUGUUUUCUCGACACUGUCAAGUGCUGCUUAACGGAAAAUGGCAACCAAAGAUAUUGUUGAAAUAGACGGUAGUGUCCUUGAAGGGGGUGGUCAAAUUUUAAGGAAUGCUGUUGCCUUCAGCUGCCUUUUGGGAAAGCCAAUCAGAGUGAAGAAUAUCAGAGCCUCAAGAAGUAAUCCAGGUCUAAGACCCCAGCAUCUGUCUGGUAUAAAGCUAGUCGUUGAGCUGUGUAAAGGAAAGGUGGAAGGAGGAAAUGUGGGUUCAUCAGAGAUCACUUUUUACCCGUCCAAACUUAGCGGAGGAUCCUACGUAGCUGACACAAAAACUGCUGGGAGUAUAUGUUUGUUAAUACAAGUGGCACUUCCUUGUUUAUUGUUUGCUGAUUGUGCAUCACAGCUAUUAUUGAAGGGAGGAACCAAUGCAGACAUGGCACCACAAGUGGAUUACACGUUAAUGGUUCUGAAGCCUAUUGCUGAAAAAUUUGGUGUGAAAUUUGAUUGUGAUAUUAAAAGAAGAGGGUAUUACCCUAAAGGUGGGGGAGAAGUGUUACUUACAGCUCAGCCAGUUAAAGAGUUAUCUCCCAUUAACCUCACAGUGUCAGGAGAUGUUGUGCGAAUUUUCGGCCGAUCAUUUGUGGCAGGACAUCUGCCAAAAAAGAUUGCUCAUAUCAUGGCUGCUGAAGCUCAGACUGUGAUACAAGAUCAGUGUGGAGAUGUUCCUUAUGAUGUGGAGAUUGUUAAGGAGCCAGAGCAUGCAGCAGUGGGGAUCGGAACUGGCAUUAUAAUUGUUGCACAGACAUCCACAGGAUGUCUUCUGGCUGGCUCUGGAUUGGGAAAAAAGGGCAUCAGAGCAGAAAAAGUGGGUCAAGAUGCAGGCAAGAUGUUACUGAAUAACCUUGAACUUUCACCUUGUGCUGAUGAGUAUCUCCAAGAUCAAUUGAUUAUCUUGAUGGCCUUGGCAGCAGGAAGAUCAAAGGUGAAGACAGGGCCUCUUACUCUCCACACAAAAACAGCCAUACACAUCGCGGAACUCCUCACAGACGCCAAGUUUACAGUGACAUCAGACGAAAAUGGUUGUAACGUCAUUGAGUGUGAAGGAAUAGGAUUGCAAAAUGAUCUGUUAAAGUGAAAUUGCUUAUCGCUGAAAGAUGGGACACCUCACAGUAGGACUGUGCAAAACAACAGAAUUGGAAAUCAGAGGCAAGCUUGAGGGACUGAGCAGUGCAGAGGGGAACUCAUAACACUCCUUUUUGCCUGCAAAAAAAAAACUGUCCAAAGCUAUGAACUUUUUUAUUACGUCACAAUUAUCUGUGUAUGUGGGCUCUUAAAACACGUGUGUGGAACACCAGCAGUGCAAGAACACAGAAAAAGAUGAUGUGUUGUACUGCGAUUUAAACCUAUUGUGUACCUUGUCUUUGAGUCUCCCAUUGUAACCCUCUAAAGAUGUUCAGAGAGGCAUUUUAGUGCUGAUCAAGCCUUAAUCAGUAUUGGUUUCUACUGUAUUCUCCUGUGAAGGGCAUUCGUUAACACAACACAACACAACACAAGCAUUCACCAAUACGUCCGUUACUCUUAGUUUAGAUAAGCUUAAUAUUAGUCCCUUUGUGGUGUAAAAGGGAAACUUUGGUUAUAUCAUUUUCUGUGAAGGUUUUAUUUUUUCAUUUCGGAACUUCCUAGCUUGAUGUUCAGAGAUUGAGCAUAAAACAGUUGCUGGUAGGCCUGGUGAUGAGGAUGAUGGUGUUUAGAAGCAUGGUGUUUGCCACUUAUUAAAUGGAGUGAAUGAUUUACACUGGACUGUAUGAAGCGGUAGACCUGGUGUCUCAGUAUGGUAGGUUAUUGGUUGUGGAGGGUAGGUAUAUGGAAGGGUAGAAAAGAGUGGAGUCAGGUUCUGGGAUAUCCUAAGGAAGGUCUCUCGGUUAAACAUUACCAUAACAAUUUCUGCAUGGAGAUUAGUCUGCUGCUACAAGGAGACACUGUCAUGAAUUGAGUGGAGUAAUGUUUAAAGUAUUCAUGAAAUCAACAGUUUUAGUUGUUUAAGAUGUAGUUUAGGUGUGACAUAACAUGUAUAAGAAUGAAAAAAUUCUCAGCCUUGUGUCUGUGGGAUACAAAUGGCUUAAAACUACUUCCCAGCAUCCCAGCAUAAAAACAGAUAUCUGAGAGGUUUUUGACAAGAUAUGCAAAAUUGACCUUUGAUGUUUUUGCUAUACUUCUUUGUUUCAUGUCAUGUUUUAUGAACAAAACUGUAUUUAUUAUACAUGUAUUUUAUGUAGCAUUUUGCUUAACUGAUCAUAAUGAAACUGCAAAAUAUUACUGUUAAUGUAUUUUUCAAACUACCUAAAGUUUAAGUAUAUUUUAUUUGACUCUCAGGCUAAAUACACUUGGAAGAUAAUGGGCUUGUUUAGGAAUAAGCAACAAGAAAGAUUGCAUGGGAAAACUAUAAUGCAUGAGGACAAACUUUCUGUGUUUUAGCUUUUUCAUUUGCUGAAGGUAAAAAUAGUCCCACUUUACAAUGUGACCCGGCAAAAUGUUGCUGGCAGACCUUCCCAUCUACUGCAGGAGAGAAAGCCAGCAGGAGCUGGACUUGAGCUCACAGCAACCGCACUAGUCAGGUGCAAUCAGAAUAAAACCCUGACUGAGGUAAAUUGAAAAGGGGCUGUAUUUCUCCAGUUAACACAAUGUUGUUGCUGCUCUGGUUUUAUUCUCUAUGCUGUAUGUCUUCAGUUAUAUCCUAAAUCAUUGUGCUGCGCUGGCACACUAACCACAAUAGGCCACGGAGGCCCACGGACAUCUGCAGGAUGUUGGCAGGCCUUCUCACUUGUGGUUGGUCAUUCCUGAG